AUGCUAAACAAACAUAACUCCAAACCCACAAAACCACACGAUCUCAGCAUGUCUGGAAAGAUUCCAUUAGAAAUCGGGACACGAGGCACAAUAGGAUCACUUCUCAAGCUAGAGAUUGAGUUCUUCAAGGGACUCGAACUUGAGCGUGUCGAGAGCUGCAUGGAUUUCGAAAGAAGAUCACAAGAAAUGGCCACCCAAAGGCGACAUUCUUGGCCCAGCUUAAGGUUUCCCAUUUUCUAUUGGAAAAGGAAGAAAAAGAGAAGAAAAAGUGGAAAUCGAGCAAGUAUGUGCUCUAUGGUGGAGAUUGAAGAUCGGCAGGAGCUCGAUGAAAUCCCUGGAUUUGGUUACCUGAAUCUAAAAGCCGAGUCUAUGAGAUACGAUGUCGAAUGA